CUUUUUCUGUUGCGCAUAUGAUCGUGUAUCUACGUUAUAUGUGUGUGUGAGAGAAAGUGUUCUUGAGGUUCGACACAGUGCGGGUUGAAUUUCCCUGUUCAGUUCUCUGUCACCACUCGGAGGGGUGCAGCGAAUUAGCAUUUCGCGUUCAUCGAUCAGUUAUAAUUUUUCUUUUCUAAAAUUCGAACGAAAAAUCUCGAAAUAUAGUUAAUACAUGUAACAUUUGUAAAAAAUAAGUUAUUACAUAAUUGACAUUUUAGAUACUGUUGUUUUGAAAAGUUCUGCAAUUUUCCGCGAAUAAUUUUCCGGUGUUUUUCAUAAAAAGAUUUGUUGGUAAGAGUUUUUAGUGGCUUACCGAUUUGUGCGAAAAUCGAUGCGAAUUACGCGUAAAGGUGAAAAGUGCUUUGGGUAAAGCGCGAAGUCUUAUAGGCUUUAUUAUUGAGCCACGUUUCGUCAAGGUGAGCAAUCAAGGAACGCGCCUUUGUUCGCGGGCUUGAGACUAGCCGCUGCGAAUGUUCGGGCACGUCUCCGCAACUCGAGCAAAUUUCGACUAUUCGUCGCAGUCUUGAACGAUAUCGUCGAGGAGGACAAAUCGCGCAACAAUAUGGCUCUCACGAAAAUCCAAAAGAUCGGCGUCGGCGGCAUCUGCAUGUUCAUAUUUAGUUUUCUCUUCAGUGGUGUUAUACUGCCGCCUAUAGUGAAGCACGAAGUGAAGAAGAAAGUGGCUCUGAAGCAAGGCUGGAUGAUGAGAGAGGUGUGGGGCAAAUUUCCAUUUUCAUUCGAGUUUCAUUUCUACAUGUUCAAUGUAACGAAUCACAUGGAUAUCAAAGGGGGGGCCAAACCCAUUGUCGCAGAAGUUGGUCCUUUCGUUUACGAAGAAUGGAAAGAAAAGGUAAAUCAGGUGGAUCACGACGAAGACGAUACCAUCUCGUAUAACGCGAAAAGCACCUUCAUUUUUAAUGCUGAAAAAAGCAAAGGUCUCACUGGCGAGGAAGAAGUCAUAAUGCCUCAUUUUUUCAUACUCGGAACAGUCAACAGUGUGUUGAGAGAUAAAGCUAGCGCCAUGCCUAUCGUUUCUAAGGCCCUCGACAGCAUAUUUAGAAAGCCAGACAGCAUUUUCGUGAAAGCAAAGGUCAGAGAAAUACUAUUCGAUGGCAUCGUGAUCGACUGUAACGUUAAAGACUUUGCGGGUUCUGCUGUGUGUAAUGAAAUAGCGCAGAACUAUGAAGAGUUUCGUUUGCAAUCUAUCGGCGACAAUAAAUACUCCCUGUCUCUGUUCGGUUUGAUCAACGGCACGGAAAACAAAGCCCGACAUCGCGUGAAGAGAGGCUUGAAGAAUAUCAUGGAGGUGGGGAAAGUCGUCGAGUACGACGGAAAAAACAACGUCUCAGUAUGGGACAAUGAAAUCUGCGACGCGUUUAACGGUAGCGACGGUAGCGUUUUUCAUCCCUACUUCGACAAGAAAGGAAAGGACGAUCUCGUUGCCUUCAAUGCUGACCUCUGUCGGAGUGUCAUUUGUCAUUACGAUUCGGAUACUAAAUUUGCCGGUCUCAAGUUGCUGCGGUACACGACGGAUUUGGGUACCGAUGUAGAAAAGUAUCCGCACCACAAGUGUUACUGUGUGACACCAGAUAGAUGUCCGAAAAAAGGCGCCAUGGAUAUCUUCAAAUGCGUCAACGCACCGAUUAUGAUCACGAACCCGCACUUUUACCUCGCCGAUCCAUGGUAUGUCAGCGCGAUCGAGGGCGUCAAACCGGAUAGGGAGAAGCAUAUGAUAAUGAUCGAUAUCGAUCCGUUCACCGGUUCGCCGAUUCACGUCCAUACGAGAGCGCAGUUCAACAUGUUCCUCCAACCAGUGGAAAAGUUCAAACUGAUGAAGACUUUCCCCAAUGCUUUGCUGCCACUCAUAUGGUUCGACGAGAUCCUGAUUCUGCCAGAUUUUCUGCUGAAGGAAAUUAAGGGUGGUCAUCGUCAAGUUGCAAUGGCGAAGGUAUUCAAAUUCCUCAUGAUGUUCGGAGGACUGGGAAUGGCUGGAUAUGCUGGAUUCAUGCACUACAAGGCUACUCAAGGUGAGAACACAACGGAGGUGAAAAAAGUGCCGGUGAAGAGCAGCCCCAACGGUGUGGGAAGUGGCGAAAAGAAAAUUAAUAUCAGUACUAUACAACCGGCGCCGCUUCCGCCCAAUGUUGACUGAUGAGUUUAGAAAGGGGUUAUGUUUGAAUUGUUGUUAACAGUUGGUGGGUCUUUUUUUGAGUUUUUAAUUCCAACAAAUAUUUGAUAAAGUUAGACAUCGUCAGAAGAUUCUGAUUAUGAGUAAUUACUCAUCAUAAAAGGUAUAAUUAUUGGUUUACUUCUGAUACACUAUUAGUAUUUGAUUCUGCAAAAUUUGUCGCUAAAACUAGAAACAAUCGGUUAAAUACAGUAUUGAAUAAAUGAGAAACUUGUAUAUUAUGCAAGAGUGCGUAAAGUAGGUGAUCCCCGCACGACUAACAUUUUGACGUGGAUAAGAGUGAUAAUUUCGUGUAAUAUACUAAUAUUAUUGUAUACUUCAAGCAUUUGACUUAUUCUUAUAUAUUAUAUGGUUUAUAUAUCAUGUUUUCAUAUAUUUAUCUUACGUUAUAUUAUUUGAAAAAUUAUUUUCAAAAUAUUUUUUUGCUAAUAGAAGGUAGUUUUGAAUUAAUAAAUGGUAUAUUGUGCAACUAGCUCUGUACUAACCCAAAAUGACAAUAUUGUAAUAUGCAACUGUGAAGUUCCAGUUUUUAAAGCAAUCGCGGUAUUUAUUACGCACGACUUGUAAUUAUCAACCUGUAUGUGUGUAAAGUCGUGUGCAAAGUGCGCUGCCUGCACUUUAGAAUCAAGUUCAUUUACAUUAUUUGCUACGAUAUGCAGGUGUUUUCGGUGAUUCAUUUUUUAUCAGGAGACUUUACCUUCAACCACACUACCCAAUGUCCUCUACUUUUCAUUCAAUACACACAGACUGAACGACCUUUUGGUAGACCCUCUAUCAUACACGUGUAAAAACUUGGAUAUGCAUGACGUGCGUAAAUUUGUAUUGAAUACAUCCCUGUUCUAUACACGCAUUUGUUGCAUAAUGUACUAUUUUAUAGAUUAUUCUCUCGAUGUGUUAUGCGCACAAGAUUUACUACCAAAUUUUUUAUAUGAAAUCGAUUCAUGAAUGUCGUGCUCAAAUAUUGUAAAUAAUAUGCAUUAAUUAUGACAUGAUUAUACUUGGUUUAUUUUAUCCACAAUUAUUCGAUGUUAAUUAAGGGAUAAAGAUACAUCUGCCUUUGUAAAAAUGC